AUGUCGGAGCCCAGCGACGCCAAGCCUGGGGGGGAGCCGUGGCGAGGUCGUUACUACAAGCUCGAGGAGAUCCAGCAGAAGAACCAUAGCCAGGCGACUUGGAUCAUCCUGCACCGCCGCGUGUAUGACCUCACCAAGUUCCUGGAGGAGCAUCCUGGGGGUGAAGAGGUUCUAAGGGAACAAGCAGGCGGAGAUGCUACGGAAAACUUUGAAGAUGUCGGCCAUUCCACAGAUGCUAGAGCAUUAUCAGACACAUUUAUUAUAGGGGAACUUCAUCCAGAUGACUGGGACAAAGUCCAGAAACCAACAGAUACUUAUGUUUCCAAUGUUGAUCCUAGUACCAGUUCAUGGACCACCUGGCUGAUUGCAGCUAUAGCAGCGGCUAUUGCAGUCUUCCUGUACCGUUUCUACAUGUCUGAAUGAACACCAUAUUGAGAAGCAAUAAUGGAAGAGACAGUUUUGGUAAAGAGAACAAAGAAUGUAUCUUAACGUUCUUC